AUGUUUCGAUUUGCCAAUAAAACUUCGAAUUAUUUAAAAAAUGUUUCUCGUAAAUAUACAACUGGUGGUGGGAUAAAUGAAGUUGUUAUUAUAUCAGCAGCUAGAACACCUGUUGGUUGUUUUAAUGGUUCAUUGAAGAAAUUAACAGCGCCAGAACUUGGAGCAAUUGCUGUUAAAAGUGUGGUUGAACGUUCUGGUGUUAAGCCUGAUCAGGUUGAAGAAGUGUUUUUUGGUAAUGUGUUACAAGCUAACAUUGGACAAUCACCAGCUCGUUUGCCAACAUCAACUGAAGCUACAACUAUUAAUAAAGUAUGUGCUUCAGGAAUGAAAUCGGUAAUUUUUGCAGCUCAAAGUUUAGCGCUUGGUGAUAGAUCUGUAAUGAUUGCAGGUGGUGUGGAGAGUAUGUCAAAUGUUCCAAAUGUUUUAUAUGGUAAUCAAACAAUGGCAGAUGGAAUAAUCAAAGAUGGUUUAUGGGACGGAAAUUGUGCAGAAAAUACAGCAAAGAAAUUUAAUAUUUCAAGAGAACAACAAGAUGGACAUGCUAUUGAGUCUUAUAAACGAGCGGCUGAAGCAUGGAAGAAUGGUGUUUUUAAAGAAGAAGUUGUUCCAGUAACGAUUAAAGACAAGAAAAAAGAAAUAGUUAUUAAUGAAGAUGAAGAAUACAAAAAUGUCAAAUAUGAUAAAAUUCCAACCUUAAAACCUGUGUUUCAACCUGAUGGUACCGUAACAGCUGCCAACUCAUCGUCAUUAAAUGAUGGAGCUAGCGCAUUGCUACUUACUACACGCAAAAAAGCCGACGAAUUAGGUCUUAAGCCUAUUGCCAAAAUCAUAUCAUAUGGAGAUGCAGCAGUUGAUCCAAUAGAUUUUACAAUUGCACCAUCUCAUGCCUUACCAGUUGCUCUGAAAAAAGCCGGAUUAACAAUCUCAGACAUAAGUUUAUUUGAAUUCAAUGAGGCAUUUAGUGCGGUAAGCAGAGCAAACGAACAAUUAUUGGGAUUGGAUCCAUCAAAAGUAAAUAUAGCAGGUGGAGCAGUGGCUUUAGGACAUGCUCUUGGAUCAUCUGGAUCAAGGAUUUUAGUUACAUUGAUACAUUUAUUGAAGUCUGACCAAUUAGGAGCAGCCGCUAUUUGUAAUGGUGGUGGGGCAGCUUCUUCGAUUGUUAUUCAGAGAUUAUAA